AUGUCUGCCAACUGUGCCCCUUGUCUCUCCCAACUCAUAUGUGCAGCCACCCCCAACCCAAUUGAAGCAGAGAAGGCUGCUCUGAAGGUGAAGUUUGUUGCUGCAUCCAUGGCACUGGUCACCAAGGCCAAAUCAUUGAUCAUUUUCCAGGGUGAGGUGUUCCCACUUGUUGAGUGCAGCAGAGAGCUUGACAUCGACAUGAAGAUAGAUGUGGCAGAUGGGCCAGUGGUAGCAGAGGCAGAUGAGGCAUAUGAGUGGUGGGUGGCAGAGGAGGUCAUGUGGCUCAGGGUUGACAAGGAUGUGUGGAUGAAGGAGGAGACUUCGCAGGGCAUUGAGGGGCAGGGGGUUAGUGCUGCUGUGCCAGUUGCAAUGGAAAGGAUGAUGCAUGUGGAGGUCCCUCAGCUGGCACACAAGGCUGUUGCUGGGGGUGAUGAUGAUGACAGGCCAAAGAUAUCCAUCCCCCCUGGGUCAGUACUGCAUGUGGUGCCCUGUGCACAGUGUACCAUUAAGGGAAUGCCAUGCAUUGGGCCAAGCAGCAAGAUGUGUGACAGAUGCACAAAGAUGAAGCAAGGAUGUGAGAAGUCCAGCAAGGGAGCUGGCAAAAGGUUGCAGGCCGGUGCAUCAACAGGUGCAGCACAAUCAACCAAGGUACUGAAGGCCAGUCCAUCCAAAUGGGCCCAUGACAAUGAUGUGGAGGUGGUUGAGACCCAUGCAUGUGGGAAGGGUAAGGCCCCCAUGCAUGGUGGGGUAGAUGAGAAGACUGCCACAGGUCUGUCACAGGCACUUGGGUUGGUAAGGGCUGAGGCCAUGGCUGCACAUGUGGCCAACCUCCAUCUGCAGGUCCAUGUUGAGCAGCUGGCAGAGGCCUUGGCAAAGCUGGGGGUAGAAUAG